GCCUCGCUGGCUGUUGGGCUGUUCUGGCUUCCGACUGGUUCCCGUCGACGACUUUCUCUGAGUGGGAGCCGCAGCAGUCACCAACAAAACCCAGGAAGAUUCAUUUUAAGUGGAAAACACACUGGUCUCGUGUGUCAGUCAAACUUUACACCGGUCGGGUUGAACUUUUUGAAUCCGAAGAAAGGAAAUUCCCGCUCUGUCAAAUCGACGCCAUGGACCCCGCGAGUCAAGACAUCAACCUGAACUCUCCUAACAAGGGCCUCGUCGUGGAUCACUCAGACAGCCUGUCCGACGUGCCGGUCGAGGGAGCGGUGGGAAACUCGGCGGUGGGGAACCCUCUACCGCCUGGCCUGACGGAGGAAGAGGCUGAAGAGCUCCAUAUUGAGCUCACCAAGGUGGAGGAGGAGAUCAACACUCUGCGUCAGGUGUUGUCGGCCAAAGAGAGACACGCCGCGGAGCUGAAGAGGAAGCUUGGCCUCAGCCCGCUCAAUGAACUCAAGCAGAACAUCAGCAAGGGCUGGCAAGAUGUCCAGACCUCCAACGCCUAUGUGAGAACCUCUGAGAAACUGGGCGAGUGGAAUGACAGAGUUACCCGUUCAGAUCUAUAUCUGUCUGCCUCAGCCACUUUGGAUGACAUUACCCAGUCUGAAGCAUACAAGAAGACUCAGGAGACUCUUUCCCAGGCGGGACAGAAAACUAGUGCAGCUCUCACCACAGUGAGCACGGCCAUCACCAGGAGGCUGGGUGACAUGAGAGCUCUACCUUUCUCUAAUUCCUUUAGUAGCAACUAUUCCAUUCGCCACUCGAUAAGUAUGCCCGCCAUGAGGAACUCUGCAACCUUCAAGUCAUUUGAAGAUAAGAUGGGGAACCUGAAGUAUAAGGUUGUCGGCCCCAAGGGGAACGGGGAGGCCGUCGGCUCCCCCACUGACACCACCCCCACUCAGGAGAACCCGCCUUUCUGAACACACUCCGCCUCCAAAUCCUCCUCGCUGCCACCUUCCUUCACGACCUGAGACUGUACCGUUAUCACCUCACACCACAGUCAGCCCUGACCUUUGACCCUCCACCUCACCGGUUCACCUCCACCACCAAGUUCUGUAAACGCUGUGAGGCGGAUGUGAAGUACUCGUGAGACGACCUUUCCCCCGCCGGUCCCACCGUCGCAGGUCCUACGGCCUCCACUACUCUGCUUCGCUGUGGAACAGAAUGUUUUGUCGAUCUCUAAACCUGAAUGAUUUACAGACUCUGCCUUUUGUCACAUCGCCACUUCCUCCAUAGUUAGAUCUUCACUACUUUGUUUGUCCAAAUAAGUCGAAAGCUAAAGCUCCUGCACUCCUCAGAUGCCUUUUUUUAAAAACAGGUUGUUGUAAUGUCAGUAAAUCACGUGGCUAAAGAAAAGGCAAAAAAAACAAAAAGCGAUGGAGAAGCGAUUAAAUGUCAAGUUCUUAAACUUAACUUUACAACUUGUGUUGUGAGUCCACUGGGAUCAUUUGAUCAAGUGCAAAUUAAUAGACUGUAUCACAAUUGUGUGUAAACUGGCCUUGGCGAAGCAUCAGAUAUUUACCCUGCCAGUGUAUCUUUUUUUCUUUUCUAUUUAGGAACCAGGAAAUCUGCAGACGGAGGGGGGAGGAGGGUUUUGUGGGCAUAAGCAAGACACUUUAUUUGCUACUUAAUCCUACAGUUUCUGUCGCCUUUGUUUCUGACUAACUAUCAUCUCCUUAUAUCAUGCGUUCACUCUGUGAGCACCUGCUGGUGUCUCCACAUUACCCCCCACCUUUGACCCAACGUGUCUCCACUUUGCUUCACAGCUCUGCUGUUGCCAGUGGUGUGAACGCAGGCGACACUUGCAGGUUAGAGGUCAGUGGAAUUACUGGGGGUGGGCGUGGGGGGGGCAGCAACCAUCUUAGACCUACUACUGCUACAUGCAUGUGCAUAUCUCAUCUCAGUUGUACCAUAGCUACCAUACAAAGACGACCGAGGUCUCGUGUAACAUCCCUAUAAACCCCCCAGGAUUUAAAAACAGGAAGAAGAAAAAAACUUAAACCAUUUUGUAUUAUAAACUAUUUUACACUGCUUUGCAUAAUGUUUUUACAUAACUUUUAUCAAUAUGUAUAAAUAUAUAUGAAUAAAUCUAUUGUCACCGAUGCUGCCGAAUGGUAGUCAUCAGGUUGGGAGGUUUGAAAAGAAAAAGCAGGGGGCUGAACAAACUUCAAAAAUGUCUCAGUUUCACAGACUUGAGUUACAAUCUGUCUGGAGUUUUUCCUGCUUUUAAGUCUAAAAAAAAGAAAGAAAAAAGCUUCCGUGUUUGUGAAACUGACUCAUUAAUGAGCUGCUGCAGUUUGUACCCGUCUGGGCACAGGACCGAUCCGACCGGGGCGAGAAGGAACAUUUGACUGGUGUCAUUUGACUGACUGGAGGUGCGUUUGAUUUCAGAUGUGGCGUGUCGACGAGUCAAACUAAACCCGACCACUUCUCAAGGAUUAUAGGUGUUUUCAAAACUGUCUCUUUCCUCUCUCCCUGGUGGUUCGACUGCUGUUCCCUUUCCUGCUGUUGACACAGAACUCGACUUGAGACGACGCUUAGCUGUGCGCACUAACUACCUGGUGAAUGUCGACGCUUUUCUAUCGGCCUUACUCACUUUAAAUGGUUCCCCUGUUAUCAUACUUUAGCUUGUGGGGGGGGGGGGGGAGAUACUUUUUGUUUUGUUCUAGUUUUUCUAGUUGUACAGACUGGUUCGAUUGAAGGAAGGGGAGUUAGCAUGAAGACAUUUGGAGUCCCCACGGGCCACAAAAUGUGUCAUAAAAAAAAAACUUGCUGCCAUAGCAGAAGCUUUGCAUACAACCCCUCAAUGCACACAUGCACUCCUGUUAACACACUAAAUGCUACUAAAUGUCCUGAUGGUGCGUGCCACACACACACACACACACACACACACUCUGCAACACAUCAUUGUUCACCUGCACCGCCUCCCCACACUCACACACACUGAUACGACAGCAGCUCUCACAGACGACGUCAUGGCCUCAGGCGGUGACGGUAAAACCCAAGAGCUCAGAGUCAUGCAGCACCGUCACUUUUCUACUGAAUGUGGGAAAAAAAAGACGACGAAAGUUGUUUUCUACUUAUUUCGAUUUUCUGCUAAAAGGCAGUAGAAUUAACUCAGUGUUGCCAAAAAUCCAGUGAACUGUCGCAAAAAGGCGCGGGUGGACGGGCGUCUUAUCGAGGCAGUAGAAAUUGGCACUAUUGAUAAUGACUUAUAUUUGUGAAACAGUUUGGAUCAUUUAAUUAUUUAAGCCAAAACUAGUUUUCUCAUAAACUGUUGAAAGAGCAGUAGAUUUAAACUGUCUGGGUAAAAUAAAAAAAAGAAAUGUCUACGAACCCAAGCAUUAGGCAACAUACAGUAACAAGGUUAAUCAGGGUUGAAACUGGGAGAAAUAUGAGUUUUUAAGUACCGUGACAUUUUUGAUCAUUAAAUGAUUCAAGCCAAAACUUCCCAGGGAGAUUUAAAACGCACUAAGACCCACAAGAGCUGAGACACAAAGAUCACACGUGAAAUGAAAACACAGAUUAGAAGAAAAGAGGAACGACUUCCUAUCGAACUGCUUCAACGCUGUUGCCAGUUGUAUCAUAAGUGUAUUUCCUUGUUUUGUGUUUGUUUUGAUCAUUUUUGGCAGUUAAUAUAUUCAUGUUAGGUGGAUUAUAUUUUCUUUUGUCUUUCUAUUUGUAGAGGUGGGAUUUAAGAGAAGAUUCAUUAUUUGUACAAUUCAUUUACCAUCAAGCAAGUGGCCAAUAUUUAAAUAUCUGUUACAAAAAUCUCUCUCUGCCUCUGAGUCCCCAGCUUUCUGCUUCGCCAAGAUACAAAAAUGCAGAUGUACACUACAAGACCUGUUGAUCUCAAGUCAUUCAAUUUAGUAUUCACUCAUUUUUCUCACACUGUGAUGGGGAAAAAAGAUUUUUCAGACUGAAUUCUAAAUGGAACAGUGUAGCUGUCACCUGUUUAAAACUGCCAUCAGCUGUGGGACUCUGACAGAUAGAAAAGGAUUAUGUCCUCUCUAUUUUUUUUCUUUCUAUUUUUUGGGUGCCAAUGGGAAGUGCAGCACAUGACGACCCUGCUCGGAGCCAGUAGACUUUACUCAUAGCUUUAUUUAGGUCCAGGGCCUAGCUGAUGUAGAUUAUUGAAAGGGAUCAGAUUUGGAAGAUUAUGAUAAAUCAGUUUUUGGUUUUGUUGUAUAUGUUUGGAUAUCAAUAAAGCAUUCCUUUAAAUGA